AUGGCCAGCUUUAGCACCCACGCCGUGACCGACAGUCGCCCCGCCAACGUUGGUAUCAAGGCCAUGGAGUUCUAUGUCCCCCAGUGGUACGUCUCCCAGGCCGACUUGGAACAGUACGACGGCGUCUCUCAAGGCAAGUACACCAUUGGCCUUGGCCAAACCAACAUGGCAGUCUGUGGCCAACAAGAGGACAUCAACUCGGUCUGCAUGUCGGCCGUCGCCAACCUCAUGGAAAAGUACAACAUUCCAUGGGACGCCAUUGGCCGCCUGGAAGUGGGCACCGAGUCCCUCGUAGACAAGUCCAAGGCCGUCAAGACCUCCCUCAUGGACCUGUUCGCUGCCCACGGCAACACUGACAUUGAAGGUGUCGAUAGCAAGAACGCCUGCUACGGUGGUACGGCUGCCGUCUUCAACUCGGCCGCCUGGGUCGAGUCCUCGGCCUGGGACGGUCGCUAUGCCAUUGCCAUUGCCGGUGACAUUGCCGUUUAUGAAAAGGGCCCGGCCCGACCCACGGGCGGCGCUGGCGUCUUCGCCAUGCUCAUUGGGCCCGAGGCUCCGCUCGUCUUGGAGCCUCGUCUUCGUGCCACCCACAUGGAGAACGUCUGGGACUUUUACAAGCCCACCAUGGUCUCCGAAUACCCCCGCGUCGAUGGCCAUCUCAGCAACGCCUGCUACCUCCGCGCCCUCGACAUUUGCUACCAGCGUUACGCUGACAAGUACGAGGCGGCCCAUGGCCAGCCGUGGACCAUGGACAAGGCCGAUUUUGCCAUCUUCCACGCCCCUUACAACAAACUCGUGCAAAAGUCCAUGGGCCGCUUCGUUUACCAGGAAUUUCUCCGCCAUCCUGAAGCCCUGCCCGAACUCGCCCCCAUGAAGGACUUUGCCCAGCUCUCCAACGAGGAGACGUACGUCGAUCGUGACUUCCAAAAGCAGCUCAGCGCGCUCACCAAGCCCCACUACCAAAAGUACGUUCAAGACUCAGAGUACAUCACCAAAGAGUGUGGCAACUCGUACUGCGGUUCCCUCUACGCCGGCCUUCUCUCCCUCAUUGAUAACAAGGCCAAGGACCUCGUCGGCAAGCGCAUCAUGAUGUUCUCCUACGGCAGCGGGCUCGCCGCCACCCUGUUCUCCAUCAAGGUCAACGAGGAUGUCAGCUUCAUCAAGGACACCGUUCAGGUCAAGCCUCGUCUGGAAUCACGCACCAAGCUUGAGCCCUCAACUUUCGAACAGGAACUGGAGACCCGCGAGAACAACUAUACCAAGUUUGACUAUCAAAUUCCCCAGGGCGCUGCCGGCCUUCGUCGUGGCACCUACUUUCUCACCGAGAUCGAUGCCCUUGAGCGUCGCAAGUACAGCCGCGCCUACAGCACCUUGGCCCGCCGCGCCAUGCACACUACCACACCCGCUGCCCGCCUCCCGGCCGCCCAGUCCCUGAUGACGACCGCCCUGCGUGGCCUCCGCUUCCUCAAGCGAUAG